AUGAAUCACAACACAAGAAGACCACUUCAUUGAUUUGAAUGUCUCUGAGAAGUGGAGAUAUGUUGAUAGUUCUUCUCGUGUGUUUGUGUCUGUUCUCUCCAUUAGAUGCUCAGCUUCAAGUUGGGUUCUAUAAAAAGUCAUGCCCUAACGCUGAACUCAUUGUCCGGGAUGAAGUCAGGAAGGCUAUCAUCAAGAACGGAGGCCUUGCUGCUGGCCUUGUCAGACUGCAUUUCCAUGAUGCUUUUGUUAGGGGAGCUGAUGGUUCAGUGCUGAUUGACUCAACAGCAAACAACAGUGCAGAGAAGAGUGCACCACCAAACAACCCAAGUUUGAGAGGGUUUGAAGUCAUAGACAGUGCAAAGAAACGUCUUGAGAGUGUUUGCAAAGGAACAGUCUCAUGUGCUGAUAUACUUGCAUUUGCAGCUAGAGACAGUGUUCGCUUUAGCAUGGGGUUGCCCUACAGUGUACCCUCAGGUAGAAGAGAUGGUAGAGUUUCAUUGGCUUCUGAAGCUCUUUCAAAUCUCCCUCCUCCUAUAUUAAACCUCAAUCAACUCACACAAAACUUUGCUAGCAAAGGCUUGACACAAGAUGAGAUGAUCACUCUCACCGGAGCACAUUCGAUUGGUCGAUCUCACUGCAAUGCAUUCACCAAUAGACUCUAUAACUUCAACUCAACAGGGAGACAAGAUCCAGGCUUAGAUCCAACCUAUGCUGCUCAACUAAAAAGAAGUUGCCCUAAUAAUAGUAGCAGUGCAAACCUAGUUGUGCCAUUGGAUCCUAUUAGCCCUACCAUAUUUGACACAAACUUCUACAAGCUCAUCCUUGCAAAGCGUGGUUUGUUCACCUCUGAUGAAUCUCUCAUUUCGACUCCGGCCACCGCAGCAAAAGUCAGGGCAAAUGCUAACAACGCCAACGUCUUCAAGCAGAAAUUCUCUGCAGCAAUGGUGAAGAUGGGGAAGAUUGGCGUUCUCACUGGAAAGCAAGGAGAGAUACGUUCAGUUUGCAAUAAGAUCAACUGAUCAAAUGCACUGCUGGUCUUAUAGCUAUAUGAUGUUUCAUUUAUAUGUUUCACUGUGUUUUGCAUUUAUGUUUUUGUUGAUUUAUUGGUUUGCAUGUUAUAUUGUUGUGAAGUAUUGUAUUGUUUUGUUCAUGUAAUAAGUGCUUUUUUUUUGUGAUAAUGGGA